AUGUCUCUCCUCGAUCGUCCUCCUGCGCCUCCUACCAAACUCGGUGUCUACCGAAUUCUUUCGCCCAACGCGGGAGUCCAUGUCUCUCCGCUGCAGCUUGGGGCGGGGAAUAUCGGCGACAAGUGGCACAACUUCGGGAUGGGCGCCAUGAACAAAGCAGACAGCUUCAAGCUGCUGGACGCGUAUUUCGAUGCGGGCGGCAAUUUCAUCGAUACCGCCAGCGGAUAUCAGGACGAGACGUCUGAGAUGUUCAUCGGUGAGUGGAUGGAAAAGCGGGGCAUCCGGGACCAGAUCGUCCUCUCGACCAAGUUCACGAUGAACUUCAAAGCGCGUCAGAAUGUUCAGCACCAGGUCAACUAUGCCGGCAACAAUCGAAAGUCGAUGACGCUCAGUGUCGAGGCUAGCCUCAAGAAACUCCGUACGUCAUACAUCGACGUCCUACACGUCCACUGGUGGGACUGGGAGACGAGCAUCCGUGAAUUGAUGGACGGACUGCACAAUCUCGUCGCGCUCGGCAAAGUCUUAUACCUGGGCAUAUCGGACACCCCGGCAUGGGUCGUGUCGCAGGCGAACCAGUAUGCGCUCGACCAUGGCAAGUCGCCGUUUGUAAUCUACCAGGGUGCAUGGAAUCUCAUGGACCGGUCGUUCGAGCGGGAGAUCAUCCCCAUGGCCCGUGCACAUGGGAUGGCGCUAGCGCCUUGGAAUGUUCUGGCGCAGGGAAAGUUCCGAACGGAUGCCGAAGAGGAAGCCCGGCGUGUGUCCGGGGAGAAAGGACGCAUGCUGUACAGCACUGACUGGGAAAGAAACGAGGAUGAGAAGAAGAUCUCGUAUGCACUCGAGAAGGUCGCGGGGGAGAUCGGGGCCAAGAGCAUCACCUCCAUCGCGAUCGCAUACCUGAUGCACAAGGUGCCGUACUGCUUCCCCAUUAUUGGGGGGAGGAAAGUCGAGCAUCUGGUGUCGAACAUUGAGGCCCUCGAGGUCUCGCUCUCCGCAGAACAGAUCGAGUUCCUAGAGAGUAUACUGAAGUUUGACCCUGGCUUCCCGGCGACCAUGAUUGGUGACGGAAUUUCGCCUACCCCAUUCUUGGAGACAGCUGCGCACUGCGACCGAGUGCCCGUCCAGCAGACCAUCCCUCAUACAAAGAAGUGA